AUGGAUUCCAACAACGAUCCGAAAGGGAAUCAUAAUUGCGAUCAACGCCAGCGACACUCACGUAAGUCCAAUUCAACGAGUUCAUCGAACCGAAGCGGAAACUCCCAACGUCAACGUUUGCAACUUCGACUACUGGAAGAGGAACGAAAGCUUCGGCUGAAGCAUCAAGAAGAGGAAGAUGCUGCAAGGAAGAAGGCUGCCGAAGAAGAAGACCAAGUCCGUAAGAAACGUAUGGAAGAAGAGCAAAGGUAUUUGAAGGAGAAAUUCGAGCUUCUGAUGGCAGGAACGGAAGGGAGCAAUGAUGGUUCGUGUAGUAUACGGAGCGACACUAGUCGAAAAAGCGAUCCUAACAGUAGGACUAGUAGUCAGAAGGUACGAGAUUGGCUCAGUAGGGAAAGGGACACACAUCAGUCGUCCGGAGUAAACCCAACCAAUCAGACCUUCAAUGGUGUCCAAAGGUCGGCUGUUUCCAAGUCUGCGCAUGAGAAUGCACCAUCAAAUGCAGUUGGUAUAGAUGCGCCAUCCGAAGUGAUCAAGCCCGUCAAUUCGAUUCGAGAUUGCAGAAAUCAGAAAGCUGUGAUCAGGCAAGCACCACCAAAUUCAUCCACUCCACAGUUCUCACAAGAGCAUAUUAGUCCGUCGGAGGCUCUUGGACAGCGAACAUCCAUCUCGCGCAUCCCAAUGGAUAUUUCCGAGUAUGGUCCGACUGCUCAACGAAACGCAAAUCCUGCAGAGUCACAGUAUUAUAAUCGAGAUCAAUCAUCCGAUAACAUCCAACAGGUUGGUCCAACUCCGGUGCAAAUUGCGGCACGUCAGGUUAUGCCAAGAGACCUACCGAAAUUUUCCGGAGAUCCGGAAGAUUGGCCAAUGUUUUUCAGUGCGUUCCAGAACACUACAACAGCAUGUGGUUAUUCCGACGUAGAAAACUUGGCGAGACUUCAACGUUGUCUGGAGGGUGCUGCCUUGGCGGCGGUCAAAAGCCGUCUGCUGUUGCCUGGUUCAGUUCCACACGUUAUCAGCACGCUGCAGAGAUUAUUCGGUAGACCAGAGAUAAUAAUUCACUCUCUUCUCAACAAGCUAAGAGAUGUUCCGGCACCCAAAGCGGAAAAUCUCAAAUCCGUCAUCGAAUUUGGAUUAGCUGUUCAGGAUUUGGUGGACCAUAUGCAGCUGGCCAGAUUAGACGAACAUCUCUGUAACCCUAUGUUACUGCACGAGCUAGUUGAAAGGUUACCAGCAGUCUAUAAGAUGCAAUGGUCGGCGUACAAACGAGCGAGCCCGAUUGUAAAUCUGGCGACUUUCGGCACCUUUAUGUCGGAUCUGGUGAACACAGCAACGGAUGUAACACUGCCAGAUCUUUCAGCAUCAUCAUCCAAAUCGACAAGAUCAAUGGGUCCCCGCAAUAAAUCGAAAAUAUUCGUACACACCGAAGAAACCCCGGAAGGAGAAGAGGAGACACAACGAACAUCGGAAGAAUCGGGAAAAAGAUGCUCAUAUUGUUCGAGAGCGGAUCAUGAAAUUCAGGGUUGCUCACGGUUCAAGACUUUGCACAACGAUGAUCGAUGGGCAGUAAUGCGUCAAAACGGACUGUGCAGAAACUGUCUAAUCCCACAUCGAAAAUGGCCGUGUCGCUCCGGGAAAGUAUGUGGCAUCAACGGAUGCCGCCUUAGACACCACGCACUUCUACAUGCCUACGAUGUCGAGGUCCUGGGAGCCCAGGCAAGAUCAGUUGAUAACGGCUCCAGAAAUGCUUCGAUAGUACACCAAAAUAUGCACCAUGUGUUGCCGACGAUACUAUUCCGGUAUCUGCCUGUCUUUAUAGAAGAUACGAAUGGAAAGUCGGUGCGAACCUACGCCUUCCUCGACGAUGGUUCAUCGUCAACGUUGAUAGAGGAAGGAAUAGCGGCUGAACUGGGAAUAAAUGGCCCUACGGAUACACUCUGGCUCAGCUGGACAGGAAAUGUGAGCCGAGAAGAAAGAGGCUCAAAACGUGUCUCGAUUAUGAUCUCCGGACGCGGGAUGGAAACUCGCUUCCAGUUAAACAACGUUAGGACCGUUCAAAAGCUGGAUCUACCACAUCAAACAUUACAGUACGACGCGCUCAAGGAUGCAUAUCCUCAUCUGCGCGGUUUACCAGUUGCGAGCUACUCGAAAGCGACUCCAGGAAUCAUCAUAGGUAUGGAGCACGCCCGGCUGUUGGCGACAUUAAAAAUUCGAGAAGGAAAUGCUGAUGACCCAGUUGCAGCAAAGACACGAUUAGGCUGGUGUAUAUACGGUAAACAGUUCUGGUCGGAUAAAUCGGUAGAACAUCUGAACUUGCACUCUUCUCUUGGGAAUCGAGAACUACAUGAGCAAAUGAAGGGAUUCUUUGGAAUCGAGGAAGCAACCAUCACGGUGAAACCGGAGGCUGAUGACGAUAAGCGAGCAAGGCAGAUCAUGGAGACUACAACGCGAAGAGUUGGUAAAGCCUUUGAGACAGGGCUUUUAUGGAGACACGAGGAAGUCUGUUUUCCAGACAGCUACAGGAUGGCGGAAAAGCGAUUGGUGCAACUAGAAAAACGACUCAACAGAGACCCAGCCCUCAAGGAGAAAAUUUGUUGUCAAAUAGAAGAGUACGAAAGGAAAGGAUACGCACAUCGCCUAACCGACGAAGAAAUACGAUCAUCGGAUCCGAAACGCAUUUGGUACCUACCUCUUGGGGUGGUACAGAAUCCUAAAAAGCCGGAAAAGGUCCGUCUAAUUUGGGACGCCGCAGCUCGAUCCAGUGGAGUAUCGUUAAAUGACAUGCUCCUCAAGGGCCCGGACCUAUUGACAUCCCUCAUAUCAGUUCUCUUCAGAUUCCGCCAAAGGGACAUUGCCAUCUGUGGAGACAUUAGAGAAAUGUUUCACCAGAUAAUCAUACGUAAUCUGGACAAACAAGCACAACGAUUUCUCUGGAGAAGUUCGCCUGAUAGUUCACCACAAUGUUACGUCAUGGAUGUAGCAACGUUUGGAGCCACAUGCUCACCUAGCUCAGCACAAUUCAUCAAGAACAAGAACGCUGAGGAGUUCGUCGAACAGUAUCCGGCGGCAACAGAGGCCAUCAUCAAGGGUCAUUACGUUGAUGACUAUUUGGACAGCGUGGACACCGUUAUGGAAGCAGUUCAACUGUGGAAAGAUGUGAGAUACGUCCACGCUCAAGGAGGAUUCGAUAUGCGUAAUCUUAUCAGCAAUUCUCCCGAAGGGAUGCAGCUUGUUGGUGAGAAAGGCAGUACAGCAACCAAAUCCAUGAACCUGGACAAGCCUGAGGAGAGCGAACGAGUUCUUGGUAUGGUAUGGAAACCCAAAAUCGACAUGUUCACCUACGACACGACACUAAGGCCGGAUAUUGCCAAACUGAUUGCGGAGCAGUCGGUUCCUACGAAACGCCAAGUUCUCUGUACCGUUAUGUCACUUUUUGAUCCACUCGGAUUAAUAGCAAACUUUGUGGUACAAGGAAAAAUCCUAAUGCAAGAUAUUUGGCGAUCAGGAACCGAUUGGGAUGAGGUAAUAGCUGAAAAUUUGCACGAAAAAUGGAUCAAGUGGAGUAAUUGCCUGACGGAAAUGGGAAGUGUCCGGAUUCCCAGAUGUUUCUUCAGUGGAGCAAGCCGUAGCGCCAUGGAUGGUAUGCAGAUUCACGUUUUUGUAGAUGCUAGCCCAGAAGCCUAUGCUAGCGUUGCAUAUUUGAGGAUCAUCGAUAAAGGAGUUCCCCGAUGUGCAUUGGUAGCAGCAAAGUCUAAAGUAGCACCCUUGAAGCCGCUCUCCGUCCCUCGUCUCGAGCUGCAGGCGGCGCUGAUUGGCAGUCGUUUGGCAGACACUAUUUGCAAGUACUUGAAUCUAUCCGUGAAGCAACGAUUCUUUUGGUUGGACUCAUCAACUGUAUUAGCCUGGUUGCGUUCAGAUAGUCGUCGCUAUCAUCCGUUUGUAGCCUUUAGAGUUGGCGAAAUUCUGAGCCUCACCGCUGUCAACGAGUGGCGGCAUCUGCAAUCAAAAUACAACGUAGCAGACGAAGCUACAAAAUGGGGAUCAGGCCCAAGUUUUGACCCGGAGAAUCGAUGGUUCAGUGGUCCGCCGUUCUUGAAAAAAGAGGAAGAGUACUGGCCUACACAAUCGGCUUCUAUAGAACCCGUGACCGAGGAGUUACGCAAAGUAUACGUUCAACACCACCUGAUUAACCAACCACUAAUUGACGUGACUCGCUUCUCUAAGUGGCAAAAACUUCUUCGUACUACUGCAUUUGUAUUGAGAGCUGCCAAGAAGUUCAAAAAGCAGCAGGUGCCAGCGUGGUUGUCCAGCGAAGAAUACUGUAAGGCGGAAAAUCUACUAUGGCGGCAGGUUCAAACGGAAAGCUAUCCAGAGGAGUACGCUACGUUGCACCAUAAUAUGGAGAAUCCGGAUCAACCAAGACAGCUGAACAGGUCAAGUUCUCUACUGCAGCACUCCCCAUAUCUCGAUGAUGCAGGAAUUAUGAGAAUGGAUAGUAGGAUAACGGCAGCACCCAACACAUUUUUCAAUGCAAGGCAUCCAAUUAUCUUGCCUAAGAAUCAUCGUCUAACGUAUCUGCUCGUGGACAGUUUCCACUGUAGAUUUCUCCACGGAAACAGCGAAACAAUACUGAACGAGAUACGACAACGGUUUUCAAUUUCAACUCUACGGAGCCUGGUGAAGCGUGUUUCCAAGGAUUGCCAGAUUUGUCGUAUUCGUAAGGCCACCCCACAACCUCCCAAGAUGGCUCCACUUCCUGUGGAAAGAUUGAUGUCGUUCAUCCGACCCUUUACAAAUACAGGCAUCGACUAUUUUGGUCCAGUCACAGUCAAAAUUGGGCGCAGCAACGUCAAACGAUGGGUUGUUUUAUUUACCUGUCUUUCUGUUUGUGGCUCGCCGAGGUGCACCUGA